AUGACUCCAUUAAAAACUAUUUCAGAGAAGAUCAAUGAAGCUCUGGAGCAUCUCGCCAAAGCAGAAAAAUGCUUGAAAACCAGUUUCAUGAAGUGGAAACCUGAUUAUGACAGUGCUGCCUCAGAAUACGCAAAAGCAGCGGUUGCUUUUAAGAAUGCCAAGCAGUAUGACCAGGCAAAAGAAGCUUAUUUGAAGGAGGCGGAAUCUUAUGAGAACCACAAAGCUCUCUUCCAUGCUGCUAAAGCUUAUGAGCAAGCUGGGAUGAUGUUAAAGGAAAUGCAGAAGCUUUCUGAAGCUGUCCAGCUGAUCGAAAAAGCCAGUAUGAUGUAUCUGGAGAAUGGCACACCGGACACUGCAGCUAUGGCUUUGGAACGAGCUGGAAAGCUUAUAGAGCACGUGAACCUGGAAAAGGCUGUUCAACUGUAUCAACAAUCUGCAUCCGUUUUUGAGAAUGAAGAACGUCUUCGUCAAGCUGUAGAACUUCUAGGAAAGGCAUCGAGACUACUUGUGAGAGCUCGUAGGUUAGAUGAGGCAGUAGUAUCCAUCCAGAAGGAGAAGAAUAUGUACAAAGAAAUAGAAAAUUAUCCAACUUGUUAUAAGAAAACAAUAGCACAAGUGUUGGUACAUCUUCAUAGGAAUGACUUUGUGGCUGCUGAGAGGGCUGUCAGAGAAAGCUACAGCAUCCCGGGUUUCAGCGGUAGUGAUGACUCCAUUGCCCUGGAGCAGCUUUUAGAAGGCUAUGAUCAACAAGACCAGGACCAGGUGUCUGACGUUUGUAACUCGCCACUCUUUAAAUAUAUGGACAAUGAUUAUGCUAAGCUUGCAUUAAGUUUAGCAGUCCCAGGAGGUGGAACCAAAAAGAAGUCUCCUGUGGCAGCACAGGAUGGGGUAUCGGGACCAACUAAAAGUUCCCAUAUUGAGGAAGAGGAUGAUGAAUAUUCAGGAGGACUGUGCUAAUUUAUUAUUGUCAUCUUUAGCCACUAUAUAUAUAUAUGUGUAUA